UCGCGGAAUCAAAAUGCGCUUGCUGGACCUUGAUGAAUAUUCUUUGUCCUCAGUCGUAUCGUUCCUCGAUCGAUGCGACAGCUUGAGUCUCUCUCUGACGUCUCGCAGAAUCCAUCCCCUCGCCAAACACCACGCACUGUCGGCGAUCAACAUCAAGACAGCCGCGCAGUUGGAGAGGAUAUCCAGCUACCUCCUAGCGGAUGUGACCAACCGCCUGCACUUCGUACGGGCACUCACUGUGUCCAGGGCCGCCUUUGGCUCUCGAGGACGGUACGAAGAGACACAAGACUUCUCUGCUGCCACUCUUCUCGCGGAUGUCCUCGAACUCGCACCCCACAUGAAGAUGUUGCGGCUCGAGGCAGCGGGUGCUCUGUUCGAGGCGGAGCCACGCAUAGCGUCUGUCAUAUGCCGACUGAACCAGUUGCUGGAUCUAGAUCUGCGAGAUCUGACAUCCGACUCGUUCGAAGUCGUGGGACGCCUGUCCUGUACGCCUCGCCGGCUCAGCUUACAUGACACCUACUCCGGCUCAGAUGAAGACCGCUGCGACGCGACCUCGCUACUCUCUGCUCCCGUUAUGCAAAGCGUCCGUUCUCUCCAUUUGUACCACCUCCGCAUCGCGGACCAACAACCCCCUCCUGUUGACGGUGGUGUUUGCCAUGCCCCGCUGCAGUGGCCAGAGCUCAGGGACUUGAAGAUAGAGUAUACCUACGUCUCUGUGGCUACCCUUGUCCACGCCUUUCCAACUGUCAAGUCGAUCCACUUUGACUCUAGACAAAGCAUGGAGGAGUGGGAGAAAAAAGACACUAUCGAAGCUCUGAUGUUCAGGACUAGGAGUCGCACCGCCGGUUCCAGGAGUGGCGCAGCUGGAACAGAGGGGUUUCCGAGUGCGGAAACCGCAUGUUGGGGGUAUCUCGACCGUGCCUACGGAACCUCCGAGGAUUUCACGCAGUGGAAGAUUGCAUGCAAGAUACGAUGGCUUAUGCUCGGCUCUGAGUCCAAGUCAUCCGCGCCGCAGAUACUGCCGAUCCUACAGCGUACUUCACCCGUCGUCCUUUCCCUACAAGACCUCCCUGCCAUGCUGGACAUGACUUUCUGGCAGGACUUCAUCCAUAGUGCACCCCGCAUUCGCUAUCUUGAUCUUACGAUAUCGUCGGACAGUAUGGUGGAAGUCAGCAUGUAUUGGACAAGCAUGGCGCUGUCAGCAUUAUCUCGACUCCCCCUGGUUGCUCUGCGCCUCUGCCGCAAGCGCGUGAGCGGCAUUUACAUGCACGACAUGGACGAAUCACGCGUCGCUGUCUAUCCGCGUUGGUCGUCUGUGAUAUGCAGCCUAGCGGUACUCAUUGCGGGCACGUUGACGUCUUUGCACGUCAUCUCCGUCGGAGAGGGUGUUCAGGUACUCAACGACGAGUUGUCACGCUAUCGCUUUUGCGGACAUGCAUUAUGGUGGCGGAUCGUCCCGAAUGAUGAACCGCCCUCGGCGAAUGUGGACCGUGACGAAGAUGCAGGGGAGGUGUACACUCCGGGAGCUCUGACGGGGAUCGAGGACAGUUCAACUCAUGAUGGAGAGACAAUCGACCCAAACCCCAAGUUGACAAAGACUCUCGGCCCAAAUGCAUCUCGAAAAAUGGUGCCCAUUUCAAGGGACCUAGGCGAGCAUAUCCGCGUCUACAUGGAGUCGAGCUCGUUCACAGAAACCUCGGCCUUCAAUGAUGAGCUAUUGGAGCGACUUGCACGAACUGCGGUUCCGAGGGAGGUAGUAUCCGAGCCGUAGUAGUGCAUGACCUAGCUCAUCAGACUGCAUCACACGAGGUACG